UGAAUAUGCCAAAGAGUAAGGAACUAAAAAAAUUUUCAGAUGAAGAGUUGCUAACUGAAAUUACUCUUCGUUCCAAAAGUAAAAAAGGUUUACCGAUGAAAGAAAAAUGUUUUCGGUGUAAGGAAGAUUUCUGGAUAAAACAUAUGGCAGAAAGUAAAAAAAUACUGCUCGAAAAAGUAACCGAGCAAGUUAAAGAUAAGAUAAGUCAAAGCAAAGAGGAUUUAGAAAAUUCCUCAGUGUUUCAAAAUUUACUUAAAAAUUCAAUGAUAGUUGAUGAAAGCAACUUUUUAAUAACAGUUUGGUAUGGCUCAAAUAUGGCAAAAAAACCUAGUAUUCAAAAAGGAAGAAUACACAAAUGUAUGGGUUCAUUUGAGGGAUGGGAUAUAAUCUGCCCAAAAUGUCGAGUUAUGUAUCUUUUUCAAAAAAACGAUGAACCCGAACCUAUUCACGAUGAGGAGGAAUGUUUAAAAGUUCGAAGUAAAUGUAGUGCAUGCCAAACUGUUUUUAAUGAGGAUAGUGAAGCAAUUCUUUGUGGUGAAGGGGUAGGGUAUGUUUGUCAAUCUUGUUAUAUUCCCCCUUAUGAUGGAGUUAAUUCUGGUGCUAGGUCUAAUGCACCAAGUAGUAAUAGUUAUACAGGUGAAGAAGGACGAUGUCCUGAAUGCAAGUCAGUAAGCAAUUUUGCCAAAGGCGAAAACAACCCUCCUUCGGCUUUCAAAUGUAAAGAUGAAAAAAGUUGUUUACAACUCCAAAAAGAUAAAUUGAAAGAAUUACAAGAAAAAACUAGUCGAACCGAAGAGGAACAAACCGAAAUGAUUAGAUUAGGAAAUAAGUUAGGUGUUGAUAUUAAAUAUCCUCGUGGAAGUGAAAGUGAUAAAAAAGAGUUAGAAGAAAAGAUAAAUAACUCUUUAAAAGGUUUAAAAGCAUGGAAGCAACUUCCAAAAAAUCAUCCUGGUUUUAGUGAAUAUGAUAGGCAACAAGUAGAAAAGAAAUUAACCGAACUCAAAAAGGAAUAUAAAUCCAAAUAUGGAGAAUUACCUCAAUUAGAAGCCAUUGUUAAUAGAACUUCCCAACAAGAACGGGAACUCCAAGAGAAAAGGGAGGAACUAUCUAGAUUAGAAAACCAACAACAAAGUGGAGGAGGCGGAGGAAACCCUAAAAAUCCCAACCCCACUUAUGAUUGA